GUUUGUUUUGAAAAGUUGGCGCUAAAAGAUGGCGGAUGCAGACGGGGUAUCUACGUUAGAAACAGAGAAACACCAAGAUUUCCGAGUAAAUGUCAGAUCUAAGAAAAUCGUCUCUUAUCAGCUAGCAAAGUAUAAAAGUUUGCUUGUUAAGCUGCUCGAACGUCAACCGGAACUAAACGAAAGCGAUGUGGAAAAGAUGUUACAGGAAAUGUUGUUGAAUUUUGAGAUUACAGUACAAGAGAAUGUCAUUGUUGGUGGUUUAUCCUGGGACGAGGCAGCAGAGGAAAGUGAAGAUUGCGAGUGCAGCACGAUGGACGACCUGCUGGAUGAGAAGAUAGUACAGACCAGCUGGAAACGCAGUAUUUACCCGAAGAAAAUCCUGCCUUAUUUCAUUCGAUCCCUAAAAGCCGAGCGCAGACUCAUGGGUUUGUUUGAAACCGCAGUGAAACCACAAGAAGUGAAGCGAGAUCCUGUUCAGGAUACCACAAUGAGCAGUGUUUCUGCUGCGGCUCCUGGGAUGUUCAGACAAGCUUCCACAGUGAUGAAGUCGCUAAGGGAAGUGAAGCAGAUGGCAGAAGGUCUGGAGCAGGUGCUGGACACGCACCCUUCAGCCGAGAGCCUGGAGGCCUACAGAGAUGUCUUCAGCAGCAGCCAUGAGGAAAUACGGUCUGAGAUCCGGCACAGAAGCAACCAGCCGGCGUCUACACACUUCAUCAGAAGAGCCGUAUCCGAGCAAGAAUUCUAUACUCCUAAAAGCCCUCCAGCUGAGCACCCAUAAGUGUGUGUGUGUUAGGGUAGUUUUCUUCCACUCCCCAUUUAGAACAUAUGCCUAUUUUAGCCAUCUUUCCUAACACUUACUGCAGAUAGACAUUAUAUAACACAAAGUAUGUUCACCCCUGUCCAUGAAAUUGCUGUAUAACAGCUAGAGGAAGCAUAAUUUUACUUGCUAAUGCUAAUUCUUUGUAGUUGUCAGUGUUUAUGUGGGGGGUUUAGUGUAAUCUAGAUCAUCAUAGUGCUAAAAUCAUUUUAUUUGUAUAGAAGAUCGUUCCCUUUUUUAACGUGUUUAAAUUUCUUGAUCUAUUGCAUAUAAAAAAUAUGAUGUUGAUAAUAAAAAAAGAUUCCAAUAAAAUCUUUUUUGCAA